AUGUCAGGAUGGAUGAGGCACCCAGCUACCCCUACCGACCUUGAUUGUGCUACGCAACUUUCGCCGUACUCGCCCCUUGUUGGUCUUGUUAAGUACGAGGAUAUCAGGUUCCAAGGUGAUCUGCAGGACGUGAACCCAUGGAAAGGAAAACCGAACCCUGCUCUGGAUGAGGCAUGGGAGAAUAUCACACAUAUGUGGAACAUCCAAGUCUCCGCUGAUGACAUGCUUCGUAUAAAGAAGCCACUGACUCAAGUCAAAGCUCCUCCACAUCUCGGGGACGGCUAUGUUGGUGGAAUUGAAGUUUUUCACCAGCUUCACUGUGUUAAUCUCAUCCGUCAGUAUACUUAUUAUGACUACUACAUGAGCCUGAGAAUAAGCUACUCUCAUUUCAGAUUGCUCCAGAGAGACUCCGCGCACAAAUUGUUACUUGGACUAAACUUCUCCGAAGAGGAAGGCAGGUAA